AUGGCUGAGCCUCCUUCAUCGCCUCCCAGUGAGGCAGCCACGGCUGAGGAUGCCCUCUCCUGGUACAAAUCGCAGUACGAAAUGCUGGAAUCCGAGCUUGCCGAGUUUCGGGAGUCGAGCCGUGAGCUUGAACAGGAACUGGAGAAGGAUAUCGAACGGGCAGAGAAGCAGGAGCGGUCUCUGCAGGAAAAGGUUGAAACUUUGGGAUUCGAGGUUGAAGAGUGGAAGAGGAAGUAUAAAGAGUCCAAGAGUGAAGCUAGCGCUGCGCAAAACUCUCUGGAAAAGGAAAUCACCACCCUUCGAGAUUCGAAUCGUUCGCUGCAGUUAAAGUUGAGAGAUGUCGAGGUGGCCAAUGAUGACUUCGAGCGCCAAGCUCGCAGCACCACUUCUUCCUUGGAAGACAUGGAGUCAAAAUACAACCAGGCCAUCGAGCGGGGAGUCAUGAUGGAGGAGGAGAUCAGAUCCGGCGAACAGGAACGGGAACAUCUUCGAAUCGAAUCCCAGCGACUUCGAGAAGAGCUCGCCGAGCUCAAGAUAGAGGCAGAACUCAUGCAGGACAAGAUCAAGAAGCAGGAAGCCCGACACUUGUCUACCAUCUCCACCGACCUCUCAGCCCUGGGGUCGCCGACAUUCGACAAGAACGUUGAGGCUUCUCCCAACUCGACGGCCAGCUCGCCGCUCGUCACCACGCCCCCCGAAACCAAGUCCCUCCCCGCGGUCGAAUCGCUCUCCCAGGUACACGAGCCCCCGUCGCCGCCAAUGUCUGAUGCGUCAGCGCCUGUUGCUAACGCAACCCCGGCUGCUAAGCAUGGCGGCACUCUUCCUCGGAAAUCUCGGCUGCCAUCGCUGGACCACAGCGCAACCAAGCCACGUGGGAAGCCUAUGACUGCACGACAAGGUGGCCGCCUCUCAGGAGGGCCCUCGAAUCUUCGCACACCGGCUCCACGCUCCACGGCCACGGCCGCCUCACCAAAGCGCAAAAUUCCCGCAUCUAAUUCGCUCUCACACAUUCGAUCACUCACCGCUCAGAUGCAGCGUCUCGAAGCUAGAGUGCAUUCCGCAAGGUCCAGACUUCCGGCCCCUGCGCAUACUCCACCACGCGCGUCGCCCAGACCGAUGGCCAAUGGUGCUGGCGUUCCGUCAACGGUUACGAUCCGCUCUCGGAAGCGAACAGCAGGAUCCUCUGCAUCGUCUCUUGUGGCAGACGAAACUACGCCAACCAACUUUCGUUCAUCGAUAUCGCGGCCUGGCCAUGUUCCCAGGCUUAGCACGUCCGGCGUCAGCAGGUUGUCGUUUGGCCCAGUCCCAAACAGAGCACCAGAAUCUGAUGCUAGCUAUAGCCGCCCAAACUCACGGGCAAGCAUAUCAUCAUACGCGAGACCCUCGUCACGAACCGACAUGGUGCCACCUCCGCGUCCCAUGUCACGAUCGUCCAUGACGGGAACACGCACGCCUCUGGGUCGAUCAAGGUCAUCUCUGAGCGGGUCAAUACACGGGCAUUCUCAAAGCAUAAGCCGUAUAGAAAUGGAGGAGGAUUACGAAGGCGACUUCCGCUCUUCCGCCCGCCGCGGUACCUUUUCGAAGCUUGAGAUGGAAGGGGCCGUCAGCGGCAUACCCGUUCCCGGGACCUCAAUCCCCACCCCCGGCGCAAGACGGCAAAGCGGAGGUGGCCCCGGUGGCAGGCGGACCAGCACAGGCGUCGGUCCUACGCGGCCUGGCACCUCGAGCGGCAGACGACUGAGUGACUUGGGUGAGACGUAUUAG